UGGGGGGCGCCUGCACCCACCUCCACCACAGAACCUCUUCUCUCUCCCUUCCCCAGCCAGGUUGCAGCGUCUGCAGCGUCUGCUUCCUCGUGUCAUGGAUGCGGCUCUUCCCCUUCGUCCAGGAUGGCUUCGCGGAUCUCUUUAAGAAAAGAAAGACAUGAGGCUUCUCUCUGACUGGUGCUGUUGUCCCUUCUGAUCGCUGCCAGAGCUGACGCCUAACGAUGCCCAAGGCCGCGGUGAAACUGAUCGUCACCGGGGACGACUUCGGAUAUUGCCCGAGAAGGAACCAAGGCAUCGUGGAGUGCUUCCUGGCUGGCGGCGUCUCCAACGUCUCCCUCCUGGUCAAUGGCAGUGCCGUGGCCGAUGCCGUGCGACUGGCAAAGAGAUACUGCAUUCCCAUAGGACUCCAUGCCAACCUGUCGGAAGGUUCCCCUGUCUGCCCAGCGUUGAAAGAGAAAUCCUCGCUACUCAACGAAGCAGGGUUCUUCCAUGGAAAAAUGGGAAUCAGGGCAGCAUUAGCAGAAGGUCUCCUGAAAAUGUCUGAGGUGAAACAGGAACUAACAGCACAGGUUAUCUUGUUCUGUGAACUAACAGGCCACAUACCUCAUCACAUGGAUGGUCAUCAGCAUGUUCAUGUUCUUCCAGAGAUCAGGCACGUAUUUGCACAGGUGCUGAAGGAUUAUGAGAUCAAAUAUACCCGGGUCCCCAUUGAACCAGAGCUUCCCCGCUGUGAUUGGAUAGACCCGCCCUUAAUGGAUUUUUAUCUCGGCGUCGAAAAGCAUUCAGUCGACACGGUGGAUGUGUUUAGGAAGCAUGGCAUAAGGUGGCCAGAUAUUUAUAUAGGCCUGAGCACCAUGGGGAAAAACAUGUCCGUCAGCAGCAUCCUCGGGGCCAUUGAUGCCGCCACAGCAGCUUACCUGGAGAAGCAGGACUCCUCGGUACCUUCUAGCGCCCCCUCGGACCCCGACCGAGAGGCCGGGACGGUGACCAUUGAGCUGAUGACGCACCCAGGGUAUCCCAGCAUCCCACCAGUCGGGGGCUGCGGCGAGGGGCCGGAUGAGUUCUCCCAGUCAUGGGAACGCUUGCACGAACUGGAGACCCUGAAGGACCCGCACCUGCAAAGCCAUUACGAAGCGAGGACCAUUCGGCUGUGUGCGUUUAACGACCUGGGGGUGUGACCGAGGAAGAGGCGACGUUUUUUUUACCCGACCAGAAGGGCCGGGCCGGGCAUGGUGGUCUGUGAGUUGGAGAGUGAAAGUCCUAGACGGAUCCUCGCCAGAUGUGAAAGCGUUGCAGGGCGUGAGGAGGAGGGAGAAAUCAGAAAAUCCCGAUUUCUCCUGCUUCGUGCAAGCGUUGUGUGAGGAGAGGUGGGCAGUUUUGCAAACGAAACUGAGACAUCCCCCCGCUGACCACCCCACUCCCUGAAUGCCCAAAUACUGAAUGGGAGGGCACUGUGGAUGUCAUUCAAUCUGGGAAUCUCGUUCAAAAAAAGUAUUAGUAGCAGAUAAACUCGCGUGGGGAGUGAUUAAAAUGGGCCUUUUGCAGCUUUAUUCUUUUCAGAAUACACCUUUUCACACACACACACACACACACACACACACACACCCCAUACACCCACAACACACACACACACCGCGUCUCCAGGUUUACAUGGAAGUAUGUCCCACUGAACUCAUUAGGGUUUGCUUCCAAGUAAGUAUGCCUAUAGGAUUGUAGCCCUAAUUUUAAGUCCCAGAGGGUUUUUUCUCUUGUGAUUUGUGUCUGUCCUCUGGGCUCUCUCUGAAUCACGGGAUGAUGAAAAAUGCAUUGGUUUCUAUGCUAACCAUCAUGAUUUGUAUUUUCUAAAAAAGAGGUGACAGAGAUCUCAUUCUUCUGAAA